AUGGAUCCUGCGAAACUGAUCUCGAAAGCCCGGGAGACUCGAGACUCCUCUAUUGCACGGGUCGAACCCCCUCUUGCACCACUUCCAGACCCUCUUCCCAAGAACGUCACGAAAAUCCCCAGCCAGAUUUUGACUGCCGGGGAGCUUGAGAUAACCGCCCUUGAUGCUCCCGAGUUACUAAAAGCCAUUCGGGACAAAGUAUACUCAUCCGAGGACGUUACACGUGCCUUCCUAAGACGAGCAGCUCUUGCCCAGAAACUCACAAAUUGCAUCACUGAGCUCCUCCCCGAGCGAGCCAUCGAGCGAGCAAAAUACCUAGACUCGCUCCCUCACCCUAUAGGCCCUUUCCACGGCUUACCCAUCUCCAUCAAAGAGCACCAUGGAAUGCGAGGCUGUUCCACUAACGGCGGCUACGCGGCCCUCGUUGAACGAGAUCCCGAUGGAGAUCUGCCCCUGAACGACGUGCUCUGGGAAGCAGGCGCCGUGUUCUACGCAAGGACUACGCAGCCCCAAGCUGUCAUGCACCUGGAAACGUCGACCGGUAUCUACGGCAUCACGGUCAAUCCUUGGAAUACCGAUCUCACGGCUGGAGGCAGCUCUGGGGGUGAAAGUGCACUUGUUGCUAUAAGGGGUAGUGUUUUGGGAAUGGGUGGUGAUAUCGGAGGUUCUAUCCGGUGUCCUGCAGCCAAUACUGGGAUCUAUGGCUUUAAACCGACACCAGGACGAAUUUGCAGCACGGGAACUGUAGUUGCGAGUUCAGGGCAGGAGGGAGUCAUGGCGACCAAAGGACCCAUGUCAACCUCGCGUUCCGGACUAGAUCUAUUCAUGGAAGCCUACCUAAGUUACGAACCAUGGACCAAAGAAGACUCAAUAGCCCCCAUCCCCUGGCGGCCCAUCACUCUCCCCCCAAAGCUAAAAAUCGCCAUCAUGUGGUCCGACAACAUCGUGACUCCCCACCCCCCCAUAACCCGUGCUCUAAAAGAAGUCGCCCAGACCCUCCAAGCCGCAGGUCACGAAAUCGUCGACUGGAUCCCAGAAGCCCACGACGAAUGCUGGGACAUCACCCACUCCCUGUACUACGAAGACGGCGCCAAGUGCGUCGAAGCGCUCCUCGCCAAAGGCGGCGAGGAACUCCUCCCUCUGACCGAAUGGCUCAUCAAAGACAACGAGAACGUCAAAUGGCGCACUGCAGAGGAAGUAUGUGCCCUCAAAGUAAAACGCAACGCCUACCGACAGCGCUACAACAAACUCUGGCGUAGCACCGCCUCAGCAAACUCCCCCAUGGUAGACGCGAUUCUCUGUCCCACCGGCCCCGGCGCAGCCCCUCCCCACGGAAACGCCAAGUACUGGAGUUACACCAGCCAAUGGAAUCUCCUCGAAUAUCCUGGUGUCGUCUUCCCCGUCACGUCUGUGGACCAGAAGGUAGAUGUCAAGGAUGAGAAGUACGUGCCGAUGAAUGAGCAGGAUAGGUUUAAUUACGACUUGUAUGAACCGGGACGAUAUGUGGAUGCGCCGGUUGGCCUGCAGAUUGUGACGAGGAAGUGGGAGGAUGAGAAGUGUUUGAAGGUGCUGGAGGUUGUGGAGAAGGCUAUGGGGAGGAAGUAG